AUGGAGGAGUUCUCCGUGGUGCUGAAGCCUUUGAUCCUGGCACUGAUGCUGGCAGGAUGCCUUGAAAAAGCUGUGGACAUGUGUGAAUUUUGCCUUGCCAGGACAAUAAACAUUGUAGUCUCUUUUGCCACCUGCCAAUGUAACCUUCAGCCCUUUUGCGCAUGGUUUGGAAGGUCGAAACCCCAGGAUGAAUACAUUGCUUUAGAGCAGAACUGCAUCCCUGAGGAGGUUUUGGCGGACUGGAAAGUCAAGGAGGAGCCCGGCAAGAGCUGUGUGGCACGCGUGUUCGCUGUGGUCAUUGUCCUUUCCGCUGCGGGGAUGGGUCUUCUGUACAUCCUCGGGAGCGUCACCUCCUCUCUGGAAAAGGUGAACAUGAAGACCUAUCAGACAGGAUUCAACCAAAUGGAGAACUCUGUCUUGGCGUUCAUGCAAUGGAUCGACCCCAAGUACAAGGAAGAGCUAACGAAGCGCAUGAACCAGCUGGAGACACAUGUUGUCAGCAUGGUCCUGGGCGCCUUCAACGACAUUUUGUCCAACACCACGAGCUUUGCCACCCAGCUGGUCAUGUUCCUGCUCUAUUCGUUGAUGUGUAUCCUGUCGCCCAUCAAGCAAGGGGAGCAGGUCUUUACCAUCGUGCGGACCUACUUCCUGUACAAGGCAAUUUGCAACGCAGUCUUCAGCCUAUGUGCCUGGUGUUUGCUGGCAGGGAUCGGAUGUGAUUUGGCCGUGCUACUGUCAGUGAUUUGUUUUUUCUUGAGCUUUAUUCCGGAGGUCGGCUCGGUCAUUUGCAUCUUGAUGCCUGCACCUGUGCUGCUCUUUGACUCCCGCGUCACGAUGGAAAUUCGCAUCACCAACCUGAUCACUAUGGCCAUUGGGAUGUUGUUGAUCAAGUUCGCCGUGUCCAACGGCUUGGAAUCGCUGGUGAUGUCGCGUUCGGCGGUCUUGUCGGGACAGAUGAACAGCGAGGAGAGCAACGAUGAGACGCACCCGGUGCUCAUUCUCUUUGCGGUGGUGCUGUGUGGAGAAAUUUGGGGUGUGGCUGGCAUGUUGAUCAGCGUGCCACUGCUGUCACUGGUGCGCUUACUGCUCAAUCUCGAAGCCGCCAAGGCACGUGGCUUGGCUGAGAAGCUUGGAAUCACGCUCGGGUCGCUUGGCCCAAGAGCGCAUCGUUUUGUCAUUUCUUUGUAUUAA